AUGGACAACAUAGAUGUACAUCGAGAAGUAGGGGAUUCUGUAUCGCAAAUUUCCACAGAGUCCCCUGUAUCAGAAAAGAAGACCGCGGAUAUCGAAAUCGUAGCCGUCGACUCAAACGAUUAUCAGGACAUCUCCGACGAGAAGACCUUUGUACCUGGAGAAAACGAUGUCGUUAUCGAUCCUCGUCUGAAGGAUUAUCCCAUCCCUUUGGUGGCCAAGACAGUUGACCUGCAUAAUGAUCCUACGGAACCAAUUCUCACAUUCCGAUUCUGGUUCUGCUCCACCUUUUGGGUAGUUAUCGGAUGUGGAAUAUCUUCAUUCUACUACUUUAAGCCUUACUCUAUGAGUCUCACGAGCUACGCCGUGCAACUACUUUCAUGGGGUAUGGGCUCUGCGAUGGCCGCUUACUUGCCAAAACGAGUAUUUAGUACCUUUGGGUACAAAUGGAGUCUCAAUCCAGGACCAUGGAACGCAAAGGAACAUGCUUUGAUUGUAGUGGCAUACUGGGGUAGUUGCUAUACUGCGUACGGUCUCGGUCCACUUUCUGCAAUGGAAUUAUACUAUGGUCGCAAGAUAAAUCCUGGUUGGGGCAUUCUAUUCCUCAUUACUACCCAAAUGAUAGGUUAUGGGUUUGCCGGACUCUUUCGGGAUAUACUAGUUCGACCUCCAAAUAUCUACUAUCCAGGAGUCUUGCCAAACGUAUCUCUGUUCAAUGCCAUGCACAAAAAUCCUGCUGUUACAAAAAGUUCGCUCAAAUUCUUUGCCAUUGUGGCAUGUGCUACAUUCUGCUACGAGUGGCUACCUGUGGUUAUCUUUCCACUGUUGGGCUCUAUUCCACUGAUUUGCUACUUUGGCCAUGGAAAUUGGAAAGCAUAUUUGAUGGGCUCCGGCUACUCUGGCUUUGGACUUCUCGACAUCAGCUUAGACUGGAACUACGUUGCCUUUUGGUCGCCACUGUACACACCACUUUGGGCAAAUGCAAAUCAGUUCAUCGGUGCAAUGCUUGCAUGCUGGUUGAUUUACCCUCUUUUGUAUUUUUCCAACACAUUAAACGCCUUGACUUUUGCCCCUAUGGGCUCUGGUACUUGGGAUGAUACCGGCGCAGUAUAUAACAUCUCGAGAGUACUCAAUCCCGAUUUUUCACUAAAUCAAGAAGCAAUGGAUGCUUAUUCCAAACCUUACUGGUCCGCAUCAUAUGCUCUUCAAUUCUUCUUUGGGUUUGCUGCAUCUACUGGAGCCAUGGUAUACUCAGUGCUUUGGUAUGGUGCCCCUGCUUAUCGUGGGAUGAAAGAUGCGUUUAGGAAUAGGAGGAGUAAUUAUGAUGAUCCUUAUCUUAAGCUCAUGGAGCCAUUCCCUCGCGUUCCACAUUGGUGGUAUGCACUCCUACUGCUCGUUUGCUCUGGACUUGCCAUUGGUCAAUUAUAUGGAGGAGAAAUGCAACUUCCUUGGUGGGGUUUUAUAGUCAUUGCAUUCAUCUCAUGUAUAUUCACAUUUCCCAAUGGAAUACUUUGGGGAAUCGCGAAUAUGCAAGUCGGCAUGCAAUUUCUUUCCGAAGUUAUCGCCGGAGCGCUAUUUCCUGGAAAACCUCUUGGAGUUCUCACCUGCAUGGUCUACGGUCGACAAAUCUUGGAGCAAAAUCUGAAUUUGAUUUCUGAUUAUAAGUUUGGCUUUUACAUGAAGAUUCCAGAAACGGAAAUGUUCAUCGGUCAAAUUUACGGUACACUUCUGGGUCCAUUCAUUAACUAUGGCAUGAUGAGAUUCAUAAUAGACUCCGAAGGCCCCAAGCUUACCGGAGAAGUUCCAUCUCAAGCUUGGAACGCCGUCAAAACCCGAAACUACUAUUCGCUCUCCGUAAUCUGGGGAGUUCUCGGCCCUAAAAUCUUUUUCGGAAAAGGUUCUAUGUACUCCUGGAUCUACUAUGGAUUUAUUAUCGGUCCCGCACUCGUCAUCUUGACUUUCAUUGUACACAAAUGGAAGCCACAGUGGAAGAUCGAGGAGAAAUUUAACCCGACGUUGAUUUUCUUUGGAGCUACUUGGUUUCCGGUAUAUCAAACUACGAAUCUAUUGACCAGUGCUGCUUUCUCGGCUUUCUUUAUGGGAUACGUCUACCGCUACCAUCCCAUCUGGUUCCGCAAAUACAACUAUCUCCUAGGCGUCGGUCUCGACUGCGGUACCCAACUCAUGCAAACGGUCAUGGUAUUUGGUCUUAAUCUCCCCAACGUGACAUUCCCAAAUUGGUGGGGGAAUAAUGCAAUUGCUGUAGAUAGAUGUUUUGCCCCGGGAAAUAUACCCAUCAAUGCUUUAAACUGA